AUGGCAAACCGAUAUGCAUUUGAAGCUCUGGACAGAACGUUAAGAGACUUCACCAAAGUUGAAUUGCCAUUUGGAGGGAAGAUAUUGCUUUUAGGUGGGGAUUUUCAUCAAGUGUUUCCUGUGAUUGAGCAAGGGACACGAACACAGACAAUUAAUGCAUGCUUGACAAACGCAAAAUUCUGGAAGGAUGUUAAGGUGAUUCGUUUAAAAGAGAACAUGCGUUCAAGGUUAGACCCUAGCUUUUCAGAAUUCUUGCUACGGAUUGGAGAUGGGACUGAGCCAUUUGCCGUGGAUGACAUGGUGAAGCUUCCGGAUGAUAUUGUAAUGAAGUGGGAAGGUGAGCAAUCGGUUGAGAGAUUAAUUGACGAGGUGUUUCCAGAGCUUGAAAAGCAUGCAAGUGAUAAAAGCUACAUGAGUCAGAGGGCAUUGAUAACUCCCAAGAAUAAUAUCGUUGAAAAGCUCAAUCAAAAAGUUAUUAGCAUCUUUCCUGGAGAUGAGGGAGUUUACCAUUCCUUUGACAUAACUCAAUAUGACCCAAACAAUUUGUGGACCGGAGAUUUUUUGAACACUAUUGCUCCAGGUGGAUUGCCUCCUCACAUACUUAUACUCAAGAUAGGUGCUCCAAUAAUUUUUUUGAGGAAUCUUGAUCCCAGUUAUGGUCUUUGCAACUGA